CCACUUGGAAUUAUAAUCUCUCCCCUCUCAAUUCCCAAUCCUCUGUUUACGCCCGCGUGGAAUCGAGUCCCUCUCCCAAACCGCUGCUCGAAAUCUGAGACCGUUGCCGUUGGCGCAACGAGGAUCCGAUCGCCAAUAUGGGAAAUCAGAGUAAACUCUCCCAGCAAGAGCUGGCGGACCUGCAAAAGGCCACCCAUUUCGACAAGAAGGAACUCCAGCAAUGGUACAAAGGCUUUCUAAAAGACUGCCCCUCGGGCAUGCUCACCAAAGAAGAAUUCCAGAAAAUAUAUAAGCAAUUCUUUCCCUUCGGCGACCCCUCAUCAUUUGCCGAUUACGUAUUCAAUGUGUUCGAUGCCGACAAAUCCGGGUCGAUCGAUUUCAAGGAGUUCAUAUGCGCGCUAAGCGUAACGAGCCGAGGGAAAAUGGAAGACAAACUGGACUGGGCAUUCCAGCUAUACGACAUUGAUGGCGACGGAAAGAUCAGCUACGACGAAAUGCUGGCGAUCGUGGAAGCCAUCUACAAAAUGGUUGGAUCCAUGGUGAAGUUACCCGAAGACGAAGACACGCCGGAAAAGCGCGUACGGAAAAUCUUCCGCAUGAUGGACAAGGACGAGAACGGCAGCCUGGACAUGGCCGAAUUCAAAGAGGGAUCGAAACGCGACGAGACCAUCGUUAGCGCCCUUUCACUAUACGAUGGGUUAGUGUGAUGACGUCUACCCCAACGAUCUUCCCCUCGCAAGAACUUGUGCGGGCUUCGGCGUUAAAUUCAGCUGUUUUGGGUACCUUUCUGGCGGA